GGUGACGUUUCUCACGCUGUACCCUUGAGAUGCUCGUGUUUUGAAUUAAAGUGGCUUCACCAGGCCAUGCUUUGUGGAGGAAAUCUCACUGUAUGAGUUUACUAUGGCAUGUAGCCGGCUAGGGCUGCUGCGGCCAGCGCUCUGCUUCAUAAGAAGCCCCCUUCCAACCUGUGUGAGAGUGCCACCUCUCCUCCAAAAUGUCUACCCUCAUGUAGGUGUCUCUCCUCCUUUUUUUGUCCGCCAUUACGCCACAAAGAAAAGUAAAGCGAAAGCAAAGGGCCAGGCGGCCAAAGUGAGCAUCAAUGCAGCCCUGGUGGAGGACAUCAUCAGCCUGGAGGAAGUGAAGGAGGACAUGGCCGUUGUACUGGCCACACUAAAGGACGACUUUAGCCGCAACCUGGGCAUCCGAACCUCGUCAGGUGCACUGGACCACAUCACAGUGACCACCAAGGAUGGGAAAUUCCCUCUAAACCAGCUGGGCCAAAUCUCCAUGAAAUCCCCACAACUCAUAGUGGUGAACAUGACGAGCUACCCUGAGGCCACAGCAGCAGCCACCCGUGCCCUACAGGAGAGCAGCAUGAAGCUGAACCCGGAGGUGGACGGUACCAUCAUCAGAGUGCCCAUUCCCAAAGUAACGCGGGAGCACAGGGAGAACCUGGCUAAGCUGGCCAAGCAGUUUAGCAACAAGGCCAAGGAGUCUGUGAGAAGGGUGCGCUCUAGUGCUUUGGCACAGGUCAAGAAGUCCAAGGAAGGUGUCUCUGAAGACACUAUCCGCUUAAUAGAAAAGCAGGUUCAGCAGAUAGCAGAUAGUUACACAGCAGACAUUGACAAACAGCUGGCCACGAAAACCAAGGAGCUGUUGGGCUGACAUCGACAAGGCCUUCCAAACCCUCAUGACGCUGACCUGUUUAUUUUGGUCGUCAUAGUUCAAGCUGGAAGCCGGAAACAAAGAAAUCCUACAAACAAAGAAAAGGACACUCAACCCCCCCCCCCCCCCCCCACCCCCCCCCAAGUCCAGAAAAGAGGAAAAAAGUAAUGAUCAUGGUGAUAGAAAUUGGAGUGUUGAAGGUGGCGUUUGGGCGAUGUUUGUGUAUUUUUCUCGUGCAUAAACAAAUGUUGCCAUGGCACGCCAGUGGCUGUUGGCUCCCCCUGUCCUCACUUCUUCAAACAAACAAACGGGAGGACAGAUGAAGUUUUAAUGUGAUUUGGGGGUCCUCCUCCUAAUCAGAGCGAUGCCACAAGUGCACUGUUUAUGUAAGAAAGCGCAGCAUUGAAUGUAAACUCUGCGGUCUUUACAGGGUGGUGGAAGUCUCGAAGGGCGGUGCAGGAGCGCUCCCAGUAAGGCAGUGCCAACAUUUGUUUCACAUUCGCAGCCACUGGGCUAAAAACGGUCAUGCUUUCCUUCUGUUUGUGAGUAUUAAUCGUAUAGCUGCCGAUACAAAUGGAAUAAAAAUGCACACUGUA